AUGGAUAAUGAUGAAGUGAGUUUAUCAAAUGUGAAUAGGCCGUUUUUGGAGGAAAAAUCGGUAAAGGAAGAGAUAGAAUUGGGGAAAGAAGUGAUUAAAAGCGAGGAGCAAUGUGGGGUUUUUGCUGAAUUGGACGGUUCGAAUUUAAGUGGUUGGGGUGUGAAAGAUGAAGUGGUUGUGACAGAGGAGAAGCCGGCGGAAGAGGAAGGUGGAGAAGAAUGUGGUGGUGUGGACGGAUAUGAAGCGGUGGAGACGGGAUUGGAGGUGGUGAUGGAGUUGAAUGUAAAAGGUGACGAGGAAACUGUUUUUAAUGUAAUUGAUUGCGGACAGGCAGGCCAGGAGGUGUUGGAGGGAAUUCGGAUGGUGGAAGGUGAAGUGGAAGCAGUGGAAGGUGGUGGUGAAACGGCUGUUUCUGAUAUUUGGGAUUUAGAACUCGGUAAAAAAGGUAAAGUGGAGGUGGUUGUGAGAGAGGAAUUGGAGGCAUCACAUGGUGGUGAAAGGGCUGUUUCUGAUGUUGGGGAUUUAGAAUGUAAAAAAGGUAUGGAAGAAUUGGUGCCAAUGGUUGACACAAAAGUGGAGAUGGUGGUUGUGAGAGAGGAAACGGAGGCAUCGCGUGGUGGUGAGAUGGCUGUUGAUGUUGGGGAUUUAGAACUAGGUAAAGAAGGAGGGGAAGCAUUGGUGCCAGUGGCUGACACACAAGUGGAGGUGCUGGUUGUGAGAGAGGAAUCGAAGGCAUCAUGUGGUGGUGAAAUGGCUGUUUCUGAUGUCGGGGAUGUAGAACAAGGUAAAAAGGGCGGGGAAGAAUUGGUGCCAGUGGCUGAGACAAAAGUGGAGAUGGUGGUUGUGGGAGAGAAAUUGGAGGCAUCAGAUGCUAAAACUGAGACAGAGAUUGAGGUAGAGAUAGGAGAGCAGGUUCAUGGAUUAGAUGGUGGUAUGAGAGUUGUUGGAACCGAGUCAUUAGAGGCUGUAAAAGAUGAGUAUGCUGAAGAUAAAGGGGUGGUUGCUGAGGAUAGCUUGCUGGCAGAAACCCAAGUGGUGCAGGAGAAGGAUAUGAAUGUGGAUGUUUCAAAGGAUUCAGAAUCAGCUGAGCCUUUGAACGUUGCAGAAACUGCAAAGGAAGCAGUGGCAGAAGAUAAGACUCCACCAGCAGAUACAAAAAUGGAAGCAGAUGCAGAGACAGAGAUGGAGAUUGAGAAAACAAAUGAUGAUGUUGGUGAGUUUGGUGAGGAGUUGGGUGAUUCACUGGCUGCUGUAAAAUUCGAAGAAGAUGAGGCAAUGAUUGCUGUGGAGGAGACUGUGACUCUAGACACUGAAAUGGAGACUGAAAUUAAUGUGGCUGACUCUGGGAAAGUUUCUGGAGGGAAGCAGAAGAAAGGAAAGAAAUCAAAGACUCUAUCAAGUUUUAAGACUGCAGCAAAAGCUUCAGGGAGGAAGCUCGUGGGAGACGAUGUUUGUUUCAUUUGUUUCGAUGGUGGGGACCUCGUCAUGUGUGACCGCAGAGGUUGCCCAAAAGCAUAUCAUCCAUCUUGUGUUAAUAGAGAUGAGGCAUUUUUCAAAGCCAAGGGGAUUUGGAAUUGUGGUUGGCAUUUGUGCAGCAUUUGUGAGAAAAAUGCCCACUAUAAGUGUUAUACAUGUGCAUUUUCCUUGUGCAAAGGUUGUAUCAAAGAUGCUGUUAUCUUAUGCGUUCGUGGAAACAAAGGGUUUUGUGAGACCUGCAUGAGAAUUGUCUUGUUAAUCGAGAACAAUGAGAAGGAAAACAAGGAUGCUCAAAUAGAUUUUGAUGACAGAAGUAGCUGGGAGUAUCUCUUCAAGGAUUACUAUAUAGAACUGAAGUCUAAGCUUAACCUAUCUUCAGUUGAAGUUGCCGAUGCUAAGAAUCCAUGGAAGGGAACAGCUGGCACCAUCAAACAAGUGUCAUCUGAGGCACAUGUAGGUGCUAAUGAUGGAGGAGGAUCUGGCUCUGAUGCUACUGAAAAAUUCGAAAUCCGUAAAUCUAAGAGAAGAAAGCUAAAGAAACAAUCAAAAUCCCCAUCCGAAAAAGGGGAAUCAGUAUGUUCAGGUGCAACAGCUGGAAAUGAAUGCAAUUCUGUAUCAGACAACACCAAGUGGGCAUCUGAAGAGCUUCUUGAAUUUGUUUCACACAUGAAAAAUGGUGACACUUCUGUCCUAUCUCAGUUUGCUGUUCAAGCUCUCUUGCUUGAAUAUAUCAAAAGAAACAAACUUCGUGACCCUCACCGGAAAAGUCAAAUUAGAUGUGAUACCAGAUUUGAAAAUCUGUUUGGAAAAUCACGUGUUGGACAUUUCGAGAUGUUAAAACUUCUUGAAUCUCAUUUUCUUAUAAAAGAGGAUUCUCCGAUGGAUGAUAUUCAAGGGAGUGUUGUUGACACUGAAAGUGACCAGUUGGACGUUGAUGGGAAUGUUGACACCCUGACCAAGGGGGUCAAAGAUAAGAAACGUAAAACGCAUAAAAAAGGUUACAACCGUGCUCCUCAAUCUAAUGUUGCUGAAUAUGCAUCAAUCGAUAUGCACAACAUUAGCUUAGUUUACCUACGGAGGAAGUUGAUGGAGGAUCUACUUGAAGAUGUUGAGACGUUUCAUGAUAAAGUUGUUGGAAUGUUUGUGAGGAUAAGAAUUUCUGGCUGUUUUCAGAAGCAAGAUAUGUAUAGACUAGUGCAAGUUGUAGGUACAAGUAAAGCUACUGAACCAUACAAAAUUGGUAGAAGGACAUCCGACAUUAUGCUGGAGAUAUUAAAUCUAAACAAGACAGAGAUCAUAUCAAUUGAUAUUGUCUCAAAUCAAGAUUUCACUGAGGAAGAAUGCAAGCGGCUUCGCCAGAGUAUCAAAUGUGGUCUUAUCAGCAGGCUGACUGUGGGUGACAUUCUUGAAAAGGCCAUGGAAAUACAGGCAGCCAGAGUGAAUGAUUGGCUGGAAUCCGAGAUUUUGCGGCUUGGUCAUCUUCGUGAUAGAGCAAGUGAUUUAGGGCGUAGGAAGGAGCUUAGAGAAUGUGUGGAGAAAUUACAGCUUUUGAAGACCCCUGAUGAGCGUCGACGUAGACUAGAGGAAAUUCCUAAAAUACAUGCAGAUCCAAAAAUGGAUCCAAGCUACGAGUCUGAUGAUGAUGGCAGUGAAACUGAUGAAAGUCCAAGAGAUGCUUACAUCGGCUCCAGAGGUUCCGAUUUUAGUAGGAGAGAAAGGGGACCAAUCUCUCCUGGAAGUGAUUUUUCUGCAGUAGAUUCUUGGAGUGGUGGUGGGAGUAAUUCUACAAAGACCUGGGAAUUAGGCAGAAAUCUGUCUGGUAAAAAUAUUUCAACUGAUGCUAUACAAAUUGUCGAGACAGUGAACGAAAAUUCAUGGAAUCAAGGAACAGAAAAAGACGCACGCGACCAACAAUCUAACUAUUUGGAGAAGCCGAGUUCAAAAGCUAAUUCUGGUUCAACAAAUUCUGAAUCUGUUGAACGAAAUGUCCCAGUUUCUGCUGUUUCAUCAAGCAAUAUCUCAACAUCUCUCUCUGCUGGGAUAGUAGAAACUUCUGCUGUCAAGAUCAAUGAAACCGAAAAGACGUGGCUUUAUCGAGAUCCUUCUGGAAAAGUACAAGGACCAUUUUCCAUAGUGCAGUUGCGUAAAUGGAGCAAUACAGGGUAUUUCCCCACAGAGCUAAGAAUUUGGAGAACUGCAGAAAAGCAAGACGACUCUAUACUUCUGACUGAUGCUUUGGCAGGGAAGUGUCAGAAAGACUUACCAGAAGUUGGCAAUAAACUGCAUAGUCCUCAUAUUUCAUCUGAUCAUUCUACUAAGACUCUUGAAACUUCCUUACACCAGGAUAUGAAGAGAUUGAUUGCUGAACAAAAGCCUGUGCAGAACCCUAAUCUCUCUACUGAUAGAAGUUUUGGAAAUGAUACAUCAAACCUUCCAUCUCCUACCCUGAAACAAAGUAAUGGAGGUCGGACUGGAGAAGGGGUCUCUCUCCCAGUUGGAACUCAACAUCCCACUCUCAAUGCAGUGCUCACGUCACCUGCUGCAGCAUUGUCACAGCUCAGGACUGAUUCUUCUGCUUCUUCUUCAGUACUUAGCUCUUCGGCUGCUUCUAGCCCAGCACCUAAACCUGAACAGGGUGGCCUAAUAUCUGGCGAUUUUAGUCAAACACCCAAGUCAACUAUGACUAGUGAACCACAUGUAGUACAGAUGCAUGGGCAUAUGCCUACCACACAAAAUAUGACCGUCCAGGCAGUUCAAUCUGUUAUUAAUCGAGACCAUCAACUUGAAUCUCAUGGUUUGGAUAGUGCUCCUAGUCAGAAGGUGGAGCCUAAUGCCUUUAUUCCACAGUCUGUACAACACCAAGCUCAUGGUUGGGGUGGCAUUAUGUCCACUGUUAAGAAUUCUGCUGGAAAUUCCUCAAAUUCAGGUUCCGCAGUUAUUCCUCAACCUGAUUUUUGGCGACCUCCAAUUUCUGGCAUUCAAUCCAACUUGCAGUCCCCUGGGAUGGCAAAUGCCCCUUGGGCUGAAAAUCCAAACCCUGUCUGGGGUACAAUGCAAGCAAAUCCUAAUACAGACUGGGGGACUCAAACACCAGGAAGUAUGAACACGAAUUGGGUACCUGUUCAAAUGCAGCCCACUGGAAAUGCAACUUCUGAUUGGGCGGUUCCUGCUGGAAAUUCUGGAGCUACUGUUCAGGGGCCUCCGUUUGGAAAUGUACAUCCUGGUUGGGUUGCAACUCCAAGUUGGGGUGCUCCAAAUGGCAAUACAGGAACAGCACCUCAACUUCAAGGGCCCGUACCUGGAUGGGGUCCACCAGCAGGAAUAAGAGCACCAGUGGGAAUGGGAGCUCCUGUUCAGGGGCCACCACCACUUGGAGUCGGAGCUCCUGUUCAGGCGCCACCACCAGGAACUGGAGCUCCUGUUCAGGGGCCACCACCACCUGGAGUCGGAGCUCCUCUUCAAGGGCCACCACAACAAAAUUCAAAUCCAGGUUGGGGUGUGCCAGCCGGGGCCCAGGGUAUGUGGGGUGGCCAACAAAACCCCAAUGGUGGUCCAUUCUCUGGUGGUUUUAGUGGCGGAAGGCCUUGGAACGGACAGUCGUCUUUCGGCAGAGGGGGGCCUAGACCUUUUAACAGGAGGCAGAAAGUAUGUCCAUACAAUGGAAAUGGGCGAUGCAGGAAAGGGGCAUAUUGUGAUUAUAUACAUACCUAA